CAAUAUGACUAAAAAGAAGCGGGAGAAUCUGGGCGUCGCUCUGGAGAUCCAGCAACAACAGUUCUCUGAUAAGAGCACUUACCCGAACUCCACCUGUGUAAGCGCCAUUCCCCACUUCUGUAUCGCACCGGGCCACCCUCCCUCUGAGACGUGAACUAUGACUGCCUUAGCUUCACCAAGUCAGCCGAGGCCCAGGACUAGGAAGCUCACCAGUCAUUCGCGGAUUGACGGGCUAGAGGAGAAACUGUCCCAGUGCCGGAGAGAUCUGGAGGCAGUGACCUCCCAGCUCUACAGGAUGGAGUUGAGCCCCGAGGACAGGAGGUCUUUGGAGAAGGAGAAAAACAGCCUCAUGAGCAAAGCCUCCAGCUACGGAGCUGAGGCGCCUUCGGCAGGAGAACCGGAAAAACACGCUGCUGUCGGUGGCCAUCUUCGUUCUCCUCGCCCUGCUCUACGCCCACUGGGCCACGUGAGCCUGCCGCCCCUGCCGCGCUGUCCAAGCUCAAGAGGACCAAGGUGCCCCCGCCCCAGCCUGGAAGGAGCCCUGAGUCAGUCUGCCCUGUAGCUCUGUGGCCCUGUGUUCUUGGCCUGCUGUGGGACUGGGACCUGGAGACCGUGGUCCUGCCUGCUCCCGAAGCUCGAAGCUUGGGGAAGGUAAUAAAGAUUCCAGGCUCCCCGA